UCAGCCCCCUGGGAAAGUACAUAUCUGUGAGGCGCUCCCUGCCCGCCGCUUGCACACGGCUGGCGCCCGGUCCCGCACGGAUCAAGCCCGGCAGCUCCGCUCCGCUCCCCGGGGGCCUGCUCCGGAAUUGGGGCUGCUCCGCAACUUCACAAACUUUGCUUUCGGAAGUAGUUCGUGCGAGGACGCGCCCUAGCCCACCGCCACCAUGGAUGCCAUCAAGAAGAAGAUGCAGAUGCUGAAGCUGGACAAGGAGAACGCCUUGGAUAGAGCCGAGCAAGCCGAAGCGGACAAGAAGGCAGCGGAGGAGAGAAGCAAGCAGCUGGAGGACGAACUGGUGGCUCUACAAAAGAAGCUGAAGGCCACUGAGGAUGAGCUGGACAAAUACUCCGAGUCCCUUAAAGAUGCACAGGAAAAGUUGGAACUGGCUGACAAAAAGGCCACAGAUGCUGAGAGUGAAGUUGCUUCUCUGAACAGACGCAUCCAGCUGGUUGAGGAAGAGUUGGAUCGGGCUCAGGAGCGCUUGGCUACUGCCCUGCAAAAGCUGGAGGAGGCUGAGAAGGCUGCAGAUGAGAGUGAAAGAGGAAUGAAGGUCAUUGAAAAUAGAGCCCAGAAGGAUGAAGAGAAGAUGGAAAUCCAGGAGAUCCAGCUUAAAGAGGCUAAGCACAUUGCUGAGGAGGCUGACCGCAAGUAUGAAGAGGUGGCUCGUAAGCUGGUGAUCAUUGAGAGUGACCUGGAGCGCGCUGAGGAGCGUGCUGAGCUAUCAGAAAGCAAAUGUGCUGAGCUUGAAGAGGAGUUGAAAACUGUGACCAACAACCUGAAGUCGCUGGAGGCUCAGGCUGAGAAGUACUCACAGAAAGAAGACAAGUAUGAAGAGGAGAUUAAAGUUCUGACUGACAAACUGAAGGAGGCUGAGACCCGUGCUGAGUUUGCUGAGAGGUCAGUAACCAAGCUGGAGAAGAGCAUUGACGACCUAGAAGAGAAAGUGGCGCAUGCCAAAGAAGAAAACCUUAGUAUGCAUCAGAUGCUGGAUCAAACUUUACUGGAGUUAAACAACAUGUGAAAACCUUCUUAGUGGCAACCACACUAUUUGUUUUAUUAUUCUUACACCUGCUUGCCGUGGAGCCCCAUAAACAUGUCUUUAUUUUAGUUUUACCACAGUCACAAGAACAUCUGCUUAAUUAUCAAGCAGGGGUCAGGGAAACACCAAAAUGGGCAAGCCAUAUGCGGGUUAAGUGACAUUACAUUAUGGGUUAAACGUGCCAUUUCCCAACAGAAAUGUUACCUACACUUUGUAGAGAGUUCAGCAAUUCGGUUUGCUUAGUCCUUGAAGAAUCCUGGCUGUGGCAGAAAGUUUCCCACCUCAAGUGCCAACUACAGUUUUUACACGAGAAGAAUGAUUCAUGUUCAAGAGAGAUCAGGUGGAAAUGGUGCUAUUUUCAACAAAAGGUUCUACUUGAAGUCUUUUGUUUGAUAUCAGACAAGUCAGGAGUUGUCCAGCACAGUAAUUUAUUUUUAUCAUAACUUGACUGAUCUGUGAGAAUUUGGACUUUCUGUGCCUUCUAAUUCAGUAAAAUGAAGAUAUAUAAGCAGUGGAGACAAGUGAAGGCUUCUGAAGGUUUUAAAUUGUAUUCUUGCAACUCAAUACAGAAGUGUAGGUCAGCAUUUCACCUUGAGUUUUCAUUCAAUUGUAUUUUUCAUGUUGAAAUGAAAGAGUCAAUAAAUUCAGGACAAAACAUUAAUUUGGAAGAGAUUGUGUUAAAAUGUAUUUUAUUUGUGGGGGAUUUGGGGUAGGGGAGGAAUUUUUAAACUGAUAUUUGCCUCACUUUUUUCACACUUUCUUUGAGCAGUCUUAAAAGUAUACCUGUAUGUAAACAUUGUAUAAUUAUAUGAAAUAAAAUGCACAUUUUAGGACACUUUUUUAA